GCAGCCCCAGCCAUAGAGAGACAGAGAGCUCCCAGAGAACCUGGACUCCGCCAUCUUCACAUUGCAAUAUAUAUUUAUAUAUAUAUAUAUAUAUAUAAUAGUAAUAGCUCGCACCGACCCAACAGCACUGGGCUAUCGUCCUACCUUCCUUCCCCUGUGCCAGGCGAGGGAGAACAGUGCAAAGUGGUGCAGGGACUCUGGGAACCCAAGGCAUAGGGCGAGCGUUCCAGGUGAACUGGAAAGGAGACACUACUGAGCUGCCCCCCAAAACCAGCCAAAAGGGUUAGUGUCAGAAAAAAUUGGGGGGCAGUUUUAUGUUUGUUUUUUCUUUCUUUCUUUUUUGCAAGGGGCGGGGGAAAACAAGUCCCAAGUUUUAUUUUAUUUUAUUUUAUUCUUUUUCAUAUUCUUUUUUUCCGUCUUGGUGGAAGUGCGCUUUCCACCUACCAGAGACUUUGGAGAAAAGUGUCACGGGUUGGUGCAAAAUCCUCUAAGUUCAAGAAGAGAUUUGGAAGUCCAAGUGGCCAAACAGUUUGGAGAAGUGAGACAGAAAGAUAUUUUUUUUCUUUACCUCUUAAAAAAAAUUUUUUUUAAUACUGGGGGGAAUUCAUCUAGUGCACGGCAUCAACAAGAGUUAUUUUUUCUUUCUAAAAUUUAAAUUUGAAAGUUUUUUUUAAACUAGAAGAACAAAAUAAAGAAGAAGAAGAAGAGGAGGAGGAAGAGGGGGCAAGAAAGAAAGGAGGAAAAAAAGGAGGCGGGGAGCAGCAUCGGCUUUAACCUCCACCCCCCUCCCCUCUCUAUUCCCCCCAACCGGUACAGCUCUCCGGGCGAUGUCAGUGUAAAUGCCAGGCAAUGUCCCGCCGCAAACAGGGGAACCCGCAACACUUGUCACAAAGGGAGAUUAUCACACCAGAGGCUGACCAUGUGGAAGCCGCCAUUGUCGACGAAGAUGAAGGUCUUGAGAUAGAGGAGCCGGGUGGCCUCGGGCUGACCACAGGUGGGACAGAUCCAGACCUGCUGACCUGUGGACAGUGUCAGAUGAAUUUCCCCUUGAGAGACAUCCUGGUGUUUAUAGAGCACAAGAAGAAACAGUGUAGUGGGAGCCUUGGUGUUUGCUACGAGAAGAGCCUGGAUAAAAGCAGUCCCCCCCCUUCGUCACGCUCCGAGCUCAGGAAAGUGUCAGAGCCAGUGGAAAUCGGGAUCCAAGUCACCCCGGAUGAAGACGAUCGUCUACUGACGCCCACAAAAGGAAUUUGUCCGAAGCAGGAAAAUAUUGCAGGGCCUUCCAGGCCUGCCAAGCUGCCGGCAGCUCCCAUAACUGCCUCCUCCCACCCUCACACAUCUGUGAUUACGCCACCUCUCCGCACCCUGGCCUCUCUCCCACCCUGCUUUAGCCUGCCCUGCUGUGCUGGCCAUUCAGUCUCAGUUGGUGGGACUCAGGCUGAGAGUCAGACUGAUACUUCAGGCACAUUUGGAUGCCAUUGUCAGUUGUCAGGUAAAGAUGAGCCUUCAAGCUAUAUUUGCACAACAUGCAAGCAACCUUUUAACAGCGCCUGGUUCUUGCUUCAACAUGCCCAAAACACACAUGGAUUCCGCAUCUAUUUGGAAACAAGCCCUUCAAACAGUUCCCUUACUCCACGGAUCACCAUCCCUCCUCCUCUGGGACCAGAGGCUGUUGCACAGUCCCCGCUGAUGAACUUCCUCGGAGAUAACAACCCUUUUAGUCUCUUACGAAUGACAGGCCCCAUCCUGCGUGACCACCCCGGCUUUGGCGAGGGCCGGCUCCCCAACACUCCCCCACUUUUCAGCCCACCGCCCCGUCACCAUCUGGACCCACAUCGCCUUAGUGCCGAAGAAAUGGGGUUAGUUGCCCAGCAUCCCAGUGCCUUUGACAGAGUCAUGCGUUUGAACCCCAUGGCAAUCGAUUCGCCAGCGAUGGAUUUCUCCAGGAGGCUCCGAGAGCUGGCGGGAAACAACUCGACCCCUCCUCCAGUCUCACCAAACCGCAGCAACCCUAUGCAUCGCUUAUUGAACCCCUUUCAGCCAAGCCCUAAAUCACCUUUUUUGAGUACCCCGCCACUGCCCCCCAUGCCUCCUAGCAGUACUACCCCUCCCCAACCUCAGGCGAAGAGUAAAUCCUGUGAAUUCUGUGGGAAAACGUUCAAGUUUCAGAGUAAUCUCAUUGUCCAUCGCCGUAGUCACACGGGAGAGAAGCCCUACAAGUGUCAGCUCUGCGACCACGCUUGCUCCCAGGCCAGUAAACUGAAGCGUCAUAUGAAAACACAUAUGCACAAAGCCGGCUCCAUGACAGGCAGGUCAGAUGACGGACUCUCUACCACCAGUUCUCCAGAGCCAGGCACCAGUGAGCUUACUGGGGAGGGGCUGAAAUCCAGCGAGGCUGACUUCAGGAAUGAGAGCGAUCCCUCCCUAGGCCACGACAAUGAAGAAGAGGAAGAGGAGGAGGAGGAGGAAGAGGAAUUGGAGAAUGAGAGCCGGCCGGAGUCAAGUUUCAGCAUGGAUUCGGAGCUAAGCCGCAACCGAGAGAAUGGUUCCAAGUCACUACCAGACGAAAAGUCCCUCGUUCUUGGAAAAGUGAUCGAGAAUGUCAGCCUCGGUGCCAUCCAGCAAUACAACGACAUGUUGGCUGAGAAACAGAAGAGGAGCAGCUUCAUGAAAAGGAGCUCAGAUCAGCGAGACCUUUGUUCUCGAGACCUGUGUCAGAGAGACACCGGAGAUGAAGACUCCGUGGCUGGAGAGCUUGACCGUACGGAGGAAGGGACGGUCAACGGAAGAAGCUUUGGUCCUGGUGAGCCCUUCCCGGGCCUCUUCCCCAGGAAGCCGACACCUAUUACGAGUCCCAGUUUAAACAAUUCAUCCAAGAGGAUAAAGAUAGAAAAGGACUUGGACUUGCCACCAGCAACCAUCAUUCCUUCAGAAAAUGUUUACUCGCAGUGGCUGGUGGGAUACGCGGCCUCGAGACACUUCAUGAAGGAUCCAUUUCUCGGGUUCACAGAUUCGCGACAGUCGCCCUUCGCCACUUCUUCGGAGCACUCCUCAGAGAAUGGGAGCCUGCGUUUCUCCACCCCACCUGGGGACAUGUUGGAUGGAGGCCUCUCAGGACGCAGUGGGACAGCCAGUGGAGGCAGUACCCCCCACAUAAGUGGGCCGGGGCCUGGCCGACCGAGCUCCAAGGAAGGGCGCCGCAGCGACACGUGUGAGUACUGUGGCAAGGUUUUUAAGAACUGCAGCAACUUGACGGUCCACCGUCGGAGCCACACAGGAGAAAGGCCUUACAAAUGUGAGCUCUGCAACUACGCAUGCGCCCAGAGCAGUAAGCUAACCCGCCAUAUGAAAACCCAUGGCCAGAUAGGGAAAGAGGUCUACCGGUGUGAUAUUUGCCAGAUGCCAUUCAGCGUUUAUAGCACCCUGGAAAAACACAUGAAAAAGUGGCAUGGAGAACAUUUGCUGACAAACGAUGUGAAAAUAGAGCAGGCGGAAAGAAGCUAAAGGCCCCCAUACCCCCUCUCUUCCCUCAUCUCCCCCUCCCCCCAGCAUCCCCUUCCCUCCUCAUUCCCAACUGGGUUAAAUCAGGGGUCUAGGUAACAUUUAAUUUGUACAGUUUAACUAUUGCCAACUGAGAAAAUGCUGACUUAAUUUUGCCUCCAUAAACAUAACUUAGCAUAACUAUGGUAGGUGCCAGGAAAUGGCACUCAAAUUUAACCUGUGUCUACAAAGUUCUAUUAAACCUGAGGGUUGAUUAAGGCAGUAAAAAUUGUGGAGCCUUUUAACUGUGCAAUAAUUUCUGUAUUUAUUGGGUUUUUGUAAUUUUUUUUGGCAUGUGCAGGUACUUUUUUAUUAUUAUUCUUUCUGUUUCAAUUUCUUUUCAAAUUUUGUUGGGUAUCUCUUAUUAAUUUUACCCAGUAGUAGCCUGAGAUUACUUGCAUUGUAGGGAAGAAGCAUAUCUUUUAAAUUAUAAUUUUUGGGCCGCUGCUUUUUUGAAAUUUAAGCUACGCAUGUGUAAUUUCUUGUGAAGAAGCCGACACUUAAAUAACUUUUAAAUAACUUUCAAAGUUUUUUUUUUUCCUCCCCCCACCCCCAAGUCACACACUUACACACAAAAAAAAAGAAAGAAAAAAGGCAAGCAAGUGGGGUGGCAAGGGGAGUACAGCGGAUAACAAUCUUUAAAAUUGUAGCACUUUCUUUCGGAAUUGGAUCUGAAAUGUAGCACUGAUGAAGUCAUGUGUGAUUGAGGCCUUUUUUUUUUUUCAAAGUUUUUAACAUUAAAGUUUUUGUAACUGGAAAAAAAAAAAGACAAAACAUAAUCAGCCCCACAAAAUUGUCCCCAUGAGACCAAGCAGGUUUUGUUUAAAGGCAGCCAUGGUCAAUAGCAUCCUUCAGUUGUGCAUUAUUAGCAGAUAAGGUGACUGCAUUGGACUGUUGGGGAUGCUCUGAAAUACAGAGUUCAUGUUACUCGUCUUAGAAUAGCCAUCCAGUUAAGGUAGGAGGACCACCUAGAUGUGAUGAGAGUGUUCCUGUACUCACAUGGAAGGAAAGAAAUAGGCUAUCUCCUUUCUGUAGUGUAGAGCUACUGAAAUCAUUAAUUAGUUAGAUACUUCUUUAAGGGCUAACUGUUAGCUUCUAAAUCAGGAAAGAGUCAAGUAUGAGCUGAUUUGAAGAAACUAGGGUUAUCUCUUUUAAUGCACAAUGGUGCUAUUUUGAAGGAGAGAAAACAUGAAAAAUUUCUGUUCUUUUGGUCAGAAUAGUGGUGGAAAAAUUAGGAUUAAAAGUACCUGACCUCUCCCUUCCCGUUUUUUUUUCUCCUUAUCCCAUUAGGACAAAUGAACGGUACUGAAACCAGAACAGUUAAGGUUAGACAUUUUAAUUAUGUUGACCUGCACUUUAAAACUUUUGUUUGCAUUUAAAUUAAAUGGCUUCUAAACAAGAAAUUACAGCAUAUUUUACUUGGCCCAGAGGUGGGUUAAACUGUAAGGGGACAGCUGAGAGAUUAAGUGUCAGUGUUGCUAAGCAUGGCAUUCACAAUACUGGCACUAUAAAGAAAAAAAAAGAUAAAAUAAUAAUUUAUUGGACAGUUUUUCUACUGCCAUUCAAUUUGACGUGAGUGCCUUGAAAACUGAUCUUCCUAUUUGAGUCUCUUGAGACAAAUGCAAAACUUUUUUUUUGUGAAAUGAAAAGACUUUUGCAAAAGAGUAAAAACCAGAAAAGUACAUUCUUUACAAACAAACAUACAAAAAAAAGCCACAUUUACUUUAAAAAAGAAAAAAAAAUCCUGGUUGAAGAUAGAGGACAUGAAAAAUGCCAUAAGACCCAAUCCAAUGAAGAUGUAUACCCAGCACAACUUCGGACAUCCAUUGGCUGAAUUAUUCUCAGCUUGGUUUUUUUUUUCCAGGACAACGCUGCUUAGGAAAUGGAAUGGAGGUGACUUACUGCUGAAUUUAAACUCAAGUGACACACGUUACAAGUUGUUAUCGUUGAAUGAAAAAACAAAAAACAAAAAACAAUUCAGGAACGACGGCUAAUUUUUUUUUAAAGUUAAAUUUAGUGCACUCUGUCUUAAAAUACGUUUACAGUAUUGGAUACAUACAAGGGUAAAAAAAAAUUGUGUGUAUGUGUGUUUGAGCGAUCAUUUUUUUCAAAGUUUGCUUAAUAGGUUAUAAAAGAAAUGCCGUGACGGCCAUGUGUAUAUUGUUUUCUUUUGGUGACGGGGUUUUAGUAUAUAUUAUAUAUAUUAAAAUUUCUUGAUUACUGUACAAGUGGACCAGUAUUUGUAAUAAUGGAGAAUGCCUGGGCAUUUUACAAAACCAGGAGAAAAAAAAAACCCUUUUCUUUUUCCUUGAAAAUGUUGCAGUAAAAUUUAAAUGGUGGGUCUAUAAAUUUGUUCUUGUCACUGUAACUGUAAAGUCUGAGUUUUAGUAAAUUUUUUUCUGCCUUGGGUGUUGAAUUUUUAUUUCAAAAAAAUGUAUAGAAACUUGUAUUUGGGGAUUAAAAGGGGAUUGCUACACCAUGUAGAAAAAGUAUGUAGAAAAAAGUGCUUAAUAUUGUUAUUGCUUUGCAGAAAAAAAAAUCACAUUUCUGACCUGUACUUAUUUUUUUCUCUCUCCCCUCCCCUCUUUUCCCCCCUCCCUCCCCACUCCAGAAUGGACAUUGAUAUUGGUUGGUUCAUAUGAUGUAGGCACUCAUUGUAUUUCUAUUGGAGCUUGUAAUUUUUUAACUGUACGCUUGUCCUUUUAAAGGGAUUUCAUGUACCUUUUUGUUAGUGAAUUUGGAAAUAAAAAACAAAGACAAACAGGCUGCCAUAAUAUAUUUUUUAAUUUGGCAGGAUAAAAUAUUGCAAAAAAAAUUUGUAUGUGAAGACCUAUUGUAAAUGAGAAAGGGUUGUUUGACAACCUUUGAGUAAAAGAAACCAAGUGACGUUGUUAAAUGCUUUUGUUCACAAAUCACUUUCGUUGUCUAUGUUUUUAUCAGAGUUGGCCUACAAAAAGUACUGUUCCCAUGGGGCUUCUCUCUCAGAGCAGCCUGGACCUUGCAUCAAGGCUUCCCGGGGUCUGGCCACAUCAGACUGGAUGGUAAUUCCCCUUUCAUGUUGAGUGGAAAAAUCAGUUUUUGUAAAGAUGUUCAAGUAAGUAACAUUCCACAAAGUGCCCCUGACCCCAUUCCCCUUUCUCUGCAAAUUCUAAGAUGUGGAGAAAGAGAGAACUUCCUUCCCCAUCUUCACCAAUCACCAUCUCUCCCACCCUCAAGAACAACAAUUUUCAAAUGACCUUUAUUUACCCUUUCCAAAGAGAGCCGUGGUUUCUGCUAGACACAGGAAAAAUGGUCUACCUUUGAGAUGAUUGAAAAUUAAACUUUUGGAUACAAAUGGUCUGGGCCCAGAUUCCCUUCUCUGUCUGAAUAGGGCCUAUUCCUUGUACAGGUCUUGCCAGUCUGUCUAUGAUCUGCUUUGCCGCUGUUCUCUCCUAAUUGUACAUUCCAUCAAUUUCUGAAUGUUUGAGGGACUGGGAUGAAAUUUGGUGCCUUUUGAUAUCUCUCUUUCUCCUCCCUCCUGCUUCCUUCCACUUUCUGUGUCUGUCUGUCUGUCUGUCUGUCUCUCUCUCUGAUCUCUCUCUCUGUCUGUCUGUCUCUCUCUCUUUUUCUCUCCCCCCAACUAGCUUUAAGAAGAUAGAGUGGUAUUUUCUUUUUGUUUGUUUUGUUUUAGUUUCUUCUCUGGGGGAAUAACAGUUUUUAAGAUGCAAUUUCAGGAAACCACAAUUUCAGGAAAAAGAAGUUAAAACCUAGCAUCUUUGUGGGUAAUUCCUCACCAAAUACAGAUAACCUUCCUCUUUUGGUGGGUGUCUGGUUGACAUGCUUCUCCCCAAGCCACUUACCUUGACCUUGUUUGAAAAUUUAACAAACAAAUAAACAAAACUGAUGCAACUUUUAGGCUUCCUCUCCAGCUGAACCCUUGAAACCCAGAAACCUACAUUUCAUUUGGAUAUACCGUUAAGUUGCCUUGGAACCCAAGCCAACCUUACGGCUGUCCCAUUAUCGAGAUAGCUCUCACCAGCAGUUGUUCAGUGGCCUAAGAGAAGUCACCCCAAAGCCAAGAAUAAGUCAUCAGAAAGCACAAGGAUUGUGUUUCUUACUGACUGCAGCGAAAAUUGGAAUUUCUUUUCCUUCUCUCAAAAAAUAAAUAAACAAAAAAAGCCAGUGGCCAAGCACAAUGGGACGUAGCCAACAUCAAGCAAGCUCCCUCGUCCUUGCUGCUGGACCUCUGAAGAUUAUGCUGAAGCUUACAUGAUCAUUUUGAGGGACAUCUUCCCAACUUGGAAUUUGCUACUUCCUGUCUGAGGGUCUUUGGGGGGGGGGUAGGGGGAGAGGAGACUGAAUUCACAUAAGAGAAAGGUUAAAAAAAAAAACAGAAAAGAAAAGAAAUUAGUAUUUCAUCCCAGUCCUGAGUGAAAGACUGUCCAAGGUUUUGUUUCUCACAGGCAAACUCAUGUUUAUGGUGCUCUUUGUAUUUCAGAACUGCAAAGCAAAGUAACAUUGGUUUCAGUUGUUUGCAUUUGUACCGGCAAGGCAAAAUAUUUUUAUUACCUUUUUCUAUUACUUAUUGUAUGAGCUUUUGUUGUUUACUUGGAAGUUUUGUCUUUUACUACAAGUUUGGAACUAUUUAUUAUUGCUUGGUAUUUGUGCUCUGUUUAAAAAACGAGCACUUUUUUUUUAUUAUGGAUAAAAUGUUGAGAUGACAGGAGGUCGUUUCAAUAUGGCUUAGUGAAAUAUUUAUUGUUCCUUUUAUUCUCUGUACGAGAUUUUUGGCCUCUUUUCUCCCUUAACGUCACAAUGUUGAGUUCAGCAUGUGUCUGCCAUCUCAUUUGUACGCUCGUUCAAAACAGUUUGUUCCAGUUUCAAGUUAUAAAAAUAAAUUGGACAUUUAACUUGA